AUGCGCACUUCCGUCUUGGGAUUAUCGGGCUAUGCCAGCGUGCUGUGGAACUGGUUCAAGUCAAGUCCUCCAAUCCAAGACACGGCAAAUUCCAGUCCUUCAGACACGUCGAGCUUCAGUCGUCUCCCUGCCGAAGUCGUUCUUAACGUCUGCGAACACCUUUCCGCCCACGAUCUUUGGAACAAUGCACGCCCUGCAUCCCGGCAAUUAGCUGCCUGCGCCAAGGAGGUCCUUCCGCGAAAGGUUUUCCAGGGAAAUAGUAGUCAUGUUUCCUGGUGUUGUUUUUGGUGCAGUUUAGGGGAGCAAAACCUAAUUACUGCAUGCAAGCCUAUUACAUCACUAUUCGCCAACGAGAAGAGCUUACAUUUUCCCGUUUUAAGCGACUAUGCGUUGAUCGCGACGUUAGUCUUUGGGGAUCUAUGCAACUUGACUGCGGGUCGCGAGCCACACAUUCGGAUUCGGCUGGGUGAGGAUGAAGGAGACGGCGUCACAGUCGGGACUGAGGAGCUUCAGCGACAACUUCGGUGGCGAGGACCAUAUUCUGUUCAAGACUUGCAGUCGCAUCAACGCGAAUUUCUGGUGUGGUACUACGCAAAGCGAAGAAAGGAGAGGGCGAGAGGACGCAUCAUGGCGACCCUUGCGUUCACUGCGCAUACCCUCCGUUUCCUUGCAAUGACCGCCGCACUCCUAAUCAGCGGCAUGGCCUUUGCGCUCAUCUUCUGCGUCACCUUGUAUACCUGCAGAAUAUUCAGGAACUUCUAUAGACGCAUAAACAAUCUAGUGCGGUUUUGCGUGGGAAAAGAACCGCUUUACGACUAG